AUGCCGAACUUUCGAAGGCAAUUUAUCACUUCUGGACACGACCCAUUUCGCGGUAAAGGAAAAGGGAAAUCGGUCGUUAAAGGGCCUUUCAUGAGAGAUGUGAUAUUGCUAACCGGUCCAGAUAUUAACAGCGUCCCAAGGCAGGGGAAGAGAGUGUGGUUAAUGGAGAACGGCCAUGUGAUUUCUGGUUUUCAGUUGCAAAAAGAGUGGUCAGAGUGUGUGCUUGAAGCUUGCCUGAAAGAAGCAUUUGAAGAGAAAAUUCCAGAUGGUGUAGAUUUCGAGAUUCUCAUGCCCGUCCACAGGACCUUGGUGAAACCGACUCUUGCUCCUGGUCAAGUUCUAAACGGCGUAAUGGUGCACAGAAUAUUUAAGGAAAAGCCUAUAUACAUCAGACCAUUAGAACAAAUAAUGUGA